AACUGUAAGAGAAGGUUCCGUGCGAGCAGCUGCGGGGAACCACGUGAGAUCGGGGCGCGUUUCCGGUGCGGGCAGGCGCAGCGGGAGUUAAAGAUCUGGCGUCUGAAGGGGACCAUGGCCAACACUGAGCGUACCUUCAUUGCCAUCAAGCCUGAUGGGGUCCAGCGGGGGCUUGUGGGAGAGAUCAUGAAGCGGUUUGAACAGAAGGGGUUCCGCCUUGUUGGUUUGAAAUUUCUGCAGGCUUCAGAGGACCUUCUCAAGGAGCACUAUGUUGACCUGAAGGACCGUCCCUUCUUUACUGGCCUGGUGAAAUACAUGCACUCAGGACCAGUGGUUGCUAUGGUCUGGGAGGGACUGAAUGUUGUGAAGACAGGCCGGGUGAUGCUUGGAGAGACUAACCCUGCAGACUCUAAGCCUGGGACCAUACGAGGAGACUUUUGCAUCCAAGUUGGCAGGAACAUCAUUCACGGCAGUGAUUCUGUGAAGAGUGCAGAAAAGGAGAUUAGCUUGUGGUUUCAGCCUGAGGAGCUGGUGGAUUACAAGAGCUGUGCGCACGACUGGAUCUACGAGUGACAGGAGGGCCCUGCCUUCCAACCUGCUUACUCUUGUCCUCACAGGCAGGGGAUCAGCAUCUCUAGAUAUUUCUGGAACUUCUUUGACCUGGAAGGAACCUCUGGGAGCUGUGACUCCCGGUGCAGUGUUAAAUGCCACUGGUAGAUUAAAGCCUUUCAUCUGUCCUUUUGUAUUGCUGUAUCGCUCUGCACUCCUUACCUCCUCUAGGCUUCUGGAUAACCUGAGUGGACAGAAUGCAAAUGUUAUGCAAAUUACUUAUUUUGGCCUCAUGUGCACACAGAUGCUUUUCAUUGUCCUUGUGGUUUGAGCCACCACCCUGGGACACACAGGCAUUUCUUUGUCUACCUCCCUUCCCAUCACCUGCAUCCUAUUCGCUCUAGACUGCAAUUUCUGAGGAGGAUGUGUGAGGUUGUUAAAACUGUUUUGGGAACAGAGAAUUCAUUAGAAAUAAAGAUGCCAAACCAA